GUGGGAGGUACUCCAAAAGACUUUUGGGAACGUUACCAAUCUGAACCGUGUGUAUGAGAUCAAGAAAGCUAUCAACACACUGGUACAAGAUGGAGAGGAGUUCACCAAGCAUUUGGGCAAGUAUAGAUCCUUGUGGUCUGAGCUUGAAUCGUUGAGGCCAAGCACUAAUGAUCAAGAGCUACUCAUGGAGAGGAGGGAGCAGGAUCAGGUGUUUGGGUUGCUGUUGACGUUGGAUCCUCCAUUCAACGAUGUGAUCAAGCACAUGUUGAGGAUGCCAAAUCUCCCAUCCAUGGAGGAAGUGUGUGCGCAACUUCAGAAGGAGGAAGGGUCACUUGGGCUCUUCGGAAGCAAGGGAGACUUAGCUCUAGCCAACAAGGCUGAGGAAGGAGCGCAAGCUAACCGUGCAGCAUACAAGACUGAUGAGAGGAAGUAUGGUGAUGAGAGGAGGUUUGGAGGCAACUGUGAUCACUGCAAGAAGCCGGGACACAAGAGGAGCCAGUGCUGGAUCCUUCAUCCCCAUCUCAAGCCGGCCAAGUUCAACAAGGAUCGAGAAGCCAGAGCUAACCUGUCUACUGAAGCAAGUGAAGCCGGUCCAUCAGGAGCAGGCUCAAGUGCACAAGUGGGUGAAAGCGCAGGCAAGGCAAUGGCAACUCACUACACGGCCGCAAAGAGUUUGGAGCAUGAAGUGAUCCGCAAAUCUGACAUUGAUGCCCUCAUCAAAGCUCUUAAGGAGUCUGGAUAUUGAGAGCAAUAAGUUGAUCGGACAAGGAGUAACCAAGGGGGAUCUUUAUGUA